AAAAGAUUUCCAAGAUGAGAGAUUCGGAGAAGCCGUGAGGUGAGAGCAGCCCGUUGAGGCACGCAUCACUCUCCUCUUCUCUUCUCUUUCUCUUCUCUCAAGUUCAUGGCCGCCUCUGCUGCUCGAGCUCUCGUUCUCUCUCGCUUCACCGACCUCUCACUCAACCCCCUCCUCCCCAAUUCACCCCCGUCCUCUCUCUUUUCCCGACACCUCCUCCCAUCUAGAAAACGCCGUCUCGCCUCUUCCUCCUUCCUCGUCAGCUGCCUGAUAUCCGGCGUCGAUGGCGGAGGCGUCUCUGACGACUUCGUUUCCACUCGAAAGUCUGGCUUCGACCGCGGAUUCUCUGUAAUCGCGAAUAUGCUCAAGCGAAUCGAACCCUUGGACACCUCCGUUAUCUCCAAGGGUAUCUCCGAUCCCGCCAAAGACUCCAUGAAGCAGACCAUCUCCACUAUGCUAGGCUUGCUCCCAUCCGACCAAUUCUCAGUAACGGUUAGGGUUUCCAAACUCCCCCUCCGUCGCCUUCUCGUCUCCUCUAUCAUCACGGGGUAUACGCUGUGGAACGCGGAGUACCGGAUAUCUUUGACGAGGAACUUGGAGAUUUCGACCAAUAAUUCGAAGAAUACGUCAAAUUGUCAGGAUCGGCGCGAGCUUUCGGAGGAGGACAAGGAGAGUGAGGAGGAUAGGGAUACCGUGAUGCGUAUUGAGGAUUUGGAGAGUAGAGGGGCUCAGGUUUUCGGGGCUUUGUCGCCGGAGGCGUUAAAUUAUAUUCAACGGUUGAGGUCGGAGUUGUCUGAUGCAGAGGAGGAACUUACUGCCCAGAAGCAGGAAAAUUUGCAAAUAGAAAAUGGCAGAGGAAAUAGGAACAAUUUGUUAGAGUACCUGCGAUCCUUGCAUCCUGAUAUGGUGAAUGAAUUAUCCCGUCCGUCAUCAUUAGAAGUUGAAGAAAUUAUUCAACAACUUGUUCAAAAUGUAUUGAGUAGAUUCUUCAAAGAGGAGAGGACUGAGAACCACCCAGAUGGUGAUGAUGAAUUUAGUGACAGCACGGGUGCUUCUCGGGAUUACCUAGCAAAGCUGCUUUUCUGGUGUAUGCUGUUGGGUCAUCACUUAAGGGGCUUGGAAAACAGGUUGCAUUUGAGUUGUGUCGUUGGAUUGUUGUGAAGAGAAGAUAACGGGAAAAAAAUGUACAUUCUCUUCAUCUUCUUCUUUUUGUUUUGUUCCGUUUUAAAUUUGUUUUCCCCCUAUAUCUGUAUCAAUAAUUAUCAUUAAAGUAAAAACCAUGUAAGAGUACCGCAUUUAGUUAUUAAUGCUUUUACAUUGUUCCA